UGUUUACAUCCCAUUCUCCCCCAGCCAUGCUCACCAAUACGGCAUUUUGAAGACCCUCAUCCCACUUUUUCUCAUGAAUUUGCCAGGUUUCACUUGUGGAUUGCAUGGGGACAACAAAGAGGAAUAUCAUUUCCUGAGUGGGAUAUAACAUCACCUGGGUGAAACCAUCCUAAUAAGAUUAAACAAACAAAAUCAAAGGACAAUCGGAACUAAAACAAACCUACACAAUGGCUCAGGCAACUAAAGGUGUAGAAGUAAAGCCUAUUCGUCCCACCACUGCAGAUGCUCCAGUAAGGCCAGUUCCUCCAGACUCUCUCACAGCCAGAAGCCAUGGAUUUCUUGGAGUCUUGAAUCGUCCUGCUCAGUGGCUGGUCAUCAUCACACUUCUGGUCUCAUGGUCAGUCGCUGGUGUUGUCAUGUUUGAUUUUGUGAGUGACGAUCAGCUUGCAAGCUUCCAGGAUUUUGCCUCAGAUCCAAUGUUAGCAGUGGACAAGGCCAUUGAAGGCAUUGACAAUGGGAUAAACCAUGUGAACAAUUUCUUUACUAAUAUUUAUGAGACCAUCACUGAAGUGAUCUUUAAUCCGCUGGACGCUGUUAAUUUAGCAGUGGCUUAUUUGUCAGAAUUAUUUAGUGCUGGUGGGAUCACUGAAACAGUAAAACUUGGUGGUGCAGUAUUAGAUGACAUCACAGAAUGGAUUAGAUUCCCAGUGGGCUAUUUAUUCCACCUAUUUGAAGAUAUCUUGGAAAUAGCAAUCAUUAAUCCAGCGGAAAUGGUCAGUGAAGCAGUUGUGCAAAUUUUAAGCUGGAUCAAGGCCAUUGUACAAUAUCUUUCAACAAUGUGGCAAGGCACUGAAGGGGAUACACAGGGGAUCACUGAAACAGUGAAACUUGGUGGUGCAGUAUUAGAUGGCAUCACAGAAUGGAUUAGAUACCCAGUGGGUUACUUGUUCCACCUGUUUGAAGACAUCCUAGAUGUAGCGAUCAUUAAUCCAGCGGAAAUGGCCAGUGAAGCAGUUGUGCAAAUUUUAAGCUGGAUCAAGGCCAUUUUAAUCUAUUUUUCAACCAUGUUCGGGGGCAUUAAAGCUUUGAUCCCCAAGAUGAGCAUUAAUCCAAUGGAAUUGGCCAGCAAUGUUGUGGAAGAGACUACAGACCUGAAGAACUCUGUCUCUAAUUACCUAUCCAACCUGUUUGCAGGGAGUGAAGGUGAUAUUCCUGACAUUAGCUUUGAUCCCAUAAAAUUCGUCACAGACACUGUUGAAGAAUUUACUGACAGGAGGGACACGUUUUUGGCCUAUCUCUCAAAUAUGCUCAUAGAGUACAAAGAUGACACGCCACAAGUGAUUAGAAGAAAAGUAGAAUUUCUGCCCCCUAUGGAAAAAGUUCUUGAUCAAGUGAAAGAUGCCAAAGAGAAAAAAGCUAGAGAGGAGAUUUACAAAAUCAUUCAAGACAUGAGAGGUAAGAAGGCCGAAAGAGAAGAGGAGGAAAUAAUACUGCAAAAAACAAAUAGAACAGUAGAAAAAGCAAAGAAAAAAGGAAAAGCUAAACCUGAUGAAAAGGUGAUAGAAAAAGUUAAAAGAAAAGAGAAACCCAAAAAGGACAAGACUCCAGAACCAACAGAAGCUAAGAAAAAGGUUAAACCAGCAAAGAAAGAACCUGCAAAAGAAAAAGUGAAACCUGUGGACAUUCCUAAAGAUGAUGUUACCAAGAAGGUAGCCAAAGCCAAAGAUAUUGAGAUUGACAAGAUAAAAGCCAAACCUGCACCUGUAAAGAAAGACCCUAAAGUUCCAAAAGAAAAGGCCAAACCAGCUCAUUUUAAGAAAGAGGCUAAAGUUGUCAAGGAGAAACCUAAACCACUUCCAGCAAAGAAAGAAACUGAAGAUAUCAAGAAAAAGGCUAAACCAUCUCCAAAAGAAAAAGUUGCUGUGGCCGUCAAAGAAAAAGCUGAGCCAGUUGUGAAAAAGAAAGGUGAAGCUGCAAAAGAAAAAGCUAAACCUGUGAAGAAAGAAGCUAAAGUUGCUCAGGAGAAGGUAAAACCAGCUCCCAUAAAGAAAGAGCCUGAGGUUUCCAAAGAGAAGGCCAAACCAGCACCAUCAAAGAAAGAUGCUGAGAAAAUUAAAGAGAAAACAAAACUAUCACCAGGAAAGAAAGAGAAUGAAGCCCCCAAGGAGAAAGCUAAAUCAGCACCUGUAAAAAAAGAGCUGGAAGAGAGACCAAAAACAGCUCCUGUGAAAAAAGAGCCUGAAGUUGCUAAAGAGAAAGUCAAACCACGACCUUCAAAGAAAGAUACUGGAGAUUCUAAGAAGAAAGUAAAACCAGCCCCAGCUAAGAAAGAGGUUUCAAAGGAAAAGGCGAAGUCAGAACCCUCAAAGAAAGAUGCUGAAGCUGUAGAAGAGAAAGCAAAACCAGCACCAGCUAAAAAAGAAUCUGAAAUUACAAAAGAGAAGGAAAAACAUGUACCUUCCAAAAAAGAGGCAGAAGUUAAGGAGAAAGAUCAGCCUGUUGCUGUUAAGAAAGGCAUGAACAAAUUCAUUCAAGAACCUGCUGUUGCAGUAGAAAAGGCAAAACCUUCUCCAAAGAAAGAGCCAGAAGUUACCAAAGAGAAACCAGCACCUUCAAAGAAAGAGCAUGAGAUAACCAUAGAAAAAUCCAAGCCACCAAAGAGAGAGGCUGAAGUCUUUAAAGAGAAAGCUAAACCAGCCUCUGAGCAGAAAGAGGUUGAAGUCAUUAAGGAGAAAGCUAAACCCGCUCUUGUAAAGAAAGAGGCUGAAGUUGUUAAGGAAAAAGCCAAAGCCCCCGAGAAGAAAGAGGCUGAAGUCAUCAAGGAGAAAGUUAAACCAGCUUCUGUAAAGAAAGAGCCUGAAGUUGCUAAAGAAAAGACACCUGAACCAACACUGCAAAAAGUUGAGCUUCCAAAGGAAAAAGCAAAACCAGUCCCUGUAAAGGAAGAACCUGAGAUUACCAAAGAGAAACCAAAGCCAGCACCAAAGAAAGAGAUUGAAGCCAAAGAGAAAGCUAAACCAGCCCCUAAGAAAGAGGCUGAAGUCAUCAAGGAGAAAGUUAAACCAGCCCCUGAGAAAAAAGAGCCUGAGGUCAUCAAAGGGAAAGCUAAACCAGCCCCUAAGAAAAAAGAGGCUGAAGUCAUCAAGGAGAAAGUUAAAGCAGCUCCUGUAAAGAAAGUUGAGGUUCAAAAGGAAAAGGCAAAACCAGUCCCUGAAAAGGAAGAACCUAAGAUAACAAAAGAAAAGCCAAAGCCAUCACUUAAGAAAGUUGAAGUCAUCAAAGAGAAAGCUAAACCACCCCCAAAGAAGAAAGAGGCUGAAGUGUUUAAGGAAAAAGCUAAACCAGCCCCUGAGAAGAAAAAGGCUGAUGUAAUCAAAGAGAAAGCUAAACCAGCUCCUGUAAAGAAAGAGCUUAAAGUUGCUAAAGAAAAGGCACCUAAACCAACACCAGAAAGAGAGCCUGAAGUCAUCAAAGAGAAAGCUAAACCAGCAUUUAAGAAGAAAGUCGAGGUACCAAAGGAAAAGGCAAAACCAAUCCCGGUAGAAGGAGAAUCUGAGAUAACCAAAGAAAAGGCCAAGCCAGCACCAAAGAAAGAGGCUGAAGUCAUCACAGAGAAAAUGAAACCGGCCCCUGGGAAGAAAGAGGCUGAAGUCAUCAAGGAGAAAGUUAAACAAAUUCCUGUAAGGAAAGAGCCUGACAUUACCAAAGAGAAAGCAAAACCUGCCUCUAAGAAGAAAGAGGCUGAACUCAUCAAGGAGAAAGUUAAACCAGUUCCUGUAAAGAAAGGGCCUGAAGUUCCUAAAGAAAAGGCACCUGAACCAACACCAAAACCUGCAAAGAAAGAUGCUGAAGUUGUCAAAGAUAAAGCUAAACCAGCCUCUUUGAAGAAAGAGGCUGAAGUCCUCAAGGAGGAAAUUAAACUAGCCCCUGUAAAGAAAGAGGCUGAAGUCAAGGAGAAAGCUAAACCAGCUCUUGUAAAAAAAGAGCCUGAAGUUGCUAAAGAUAAAGCACCUGAGCCAACACUAAAACCUACAAAGAAAGAGGCUGAAGCCAAGGAGAAAGCUAAACCAGCUCCUGUAAAAAAAGAGCCCGAAGUUGCCAAAGAAAAGGCACCUGAAACAACACCAAAAAGAGUGGCUGAAGUCAUCAAGGAGAAAGUUAAAACAGCUCCUGUAAAGAAAGAGCCUGAAGUUGCUAAAGGAAAGGCAACAGAACCAACAUCAGAACCUGCAAAGCAAGAAACUGAAAUAACCAAGGAAAAUACCAAGCCAGCACCAAAGAAAGAUGACGUUGCACCCAUCGGUCUGAACAUGGAGCUCCUGAACUCCAUCAAUCAAAAACUGUCUCUUCUGGAUAUAAUGCGGAAGGACAUUGGUGAAAUGAAAAGUGACCUGGAGUCCACGCAAGAUCAAAUUACUCUUUUAAGGAAGGACAACAGAACAAUCAAAGAGCCUGACACUGUCAACGUUAAACUAAAGCCAACUCCAACUGUCUCCAGUGAAAAAGCAAAAACAGAACGUGACGCCCUGAAAAACAUCACUAAACAAGCACCUGCAAAGAAAGAAAAAGAGGCUCUGAAAGCCAAGAUCAAACCAGAGCCCAAAAAGAAAGAAAUUCCUCAUGAAAAGGUCAAAGAAGUAAAGAAACCUUUACAGCAAGAAUCUGAGGAGGUCAUAGUAAAAGUAGAAGAACCUGAUGUCACCAAAGAUAUUCCAGAAAUAGAGGAGGAGGACAUGCCCUACUUUCAGUGCUUCUAUGUGGAUGAGGAUGAUACUCAGUAUCCGUUCUUACCAUUUUCACCACCGGUGUUGUGAGCCAAGCCAUGGUCUGAAGGUAAACAGCAUGGCGAAGCUGAUGGAAUAAAGAUCCCUGAAGGAUGAGGCACCUGUCGCUGUGAUGCAAGAGGUACAUACUGUAGUUGGUCCUAAAAAUCACACCAAGUAGGACUCAGAAAUGUUGAUUUAAGUUAUUUCAUGGAUGAGCUUUAAAAACUGGAAAACUUCAUUCUUAAAAUUUUGUUGGUCCUUGUCUUUUUUAUUUUGGGAUUCAGAGCGUUUUAAUGGACAGUGGUUGCAAGUUUUGCUAUAAUGUUUCAUAUUGUCUUAAGGCAAUCCGUCUUUUAAUUGAUACCAUAGAUCUGCCUUUUAUUUCAGGUUUCAGAAUAAUAUAAUUUUAUUCAUGCUUGUGUGAUUUAUUUAUUUAUGCUUGUGUGAUUUUAUUUAUGUAUGUGUCAAAGAAGGAACAUGAGUACUGUUUUUCCCAGAAAGCACUGACAGGAAGUAACGAAACAACUUCUGAUCAUUGCAGUGGGGUUAAAGAUAAGAUAAUAAGAUUAUACAAUCAUAUGUAAUACAUCAAAUGAUUUUACAUUACCUCAUUUUGAUGGGGUGCUAAUUAAAAGCAUUCCUAUCUUUACUGUCAGAAUGGGGUUUGAAAGUUUGUUUUGACUUACACAACUGAAAUGGAACUUACUAUGUAAUAGAGGAUAUAAUAGAUCAAGUAAUAUAUAAAUGUCUACUUAUUUUGGUAGUACAGUUUACAGAACUAACAGAAGGGCUUAGAACAACACGCCCAUUUCUUCAAGAUGUAUGGAUAAUGUUAUAUUUAUUACUUUUAUUUAGUUUAGUUUUUUUAUUAGUAGUAUUUAGGUUUUUUAUUUUACAGAUGUCAUUUGUUUAGUAAGAUGUUAUAAAUCUAUACUUCACAGAGGAAACACAAGUAUGUUUUGUGCAGUGCUCUCCAUAAAAUGAUACACUGGAAUUUGCAUAGAAAUAUAGAAUUAAUCUGUUGGUGUUAAAUCCAGAGAGAUGAGUUAAAACAUGAUGCUGUUAAGAACUGCACUUUCGUGCUCUUUUUAUUUUCAGAAUUGAGAGCCAUUGAAAGAUACCAGUUGAAAAGACACAAAGCUGUUCAAAACACUGACCGUUUUCUUCCAAGCGAAUGUAUUUUUACCUUGCAAAAAGUACAGUUUUUACUUGUGGCAUAAGAUUUUUAAUAUUUACAUUUCUCCACAUAAUAUAUAAGGUUUAUGUAACAUUUUACCUAUAAAAUGUGGAUAUGUUUUUGCACCCGGCUAUUACAUGGGUAAAACUACCUGAUGAAGAUGUGCCAAUUAAAUGGCAUACAGACAUUUAUAAGUAUAUUGUGCUAUAAAAUUGUCUAUAAUGCACAUUUUACACAUACAGAAAACUUUUACAUUAUGAGACUAGAUUAUGUGCCAGAUUAAAUGUUUUGCAUGUAUUAUUGUGUGUAUUUUUCAGUGUGUGUACAGGAACAAUUUUAGUGUCUCUCUGCAGGAGUUUAGCACGUUGCUCCAUAGAGGAUAAGCUCAUGCAUGUGCAAAGAUCAUCAAAUGUAGCCAUCAUAUGCACUGUAACGUCACCUGUUCAAAUACAUACUAUAUCAAUAAUGAAGUGUUGUACCAAAAUAAAAUAGGUCUUUUUUGGACAGAUUAGUUCUUAAUUUGACCUUGAUACACUAUACAUGUGCAUGCACGUUCUGAUGUAAAUCUGUUUAAUAAAAUGAAGAAUAACUCCACACAUAGCUUAUUUUUAAUAGUAACUGGAUUUAUUGAUUGGAAUUGUUUGUUAGAUUUGCAUAGAAUUAAUAUAUAUAUAU